GAUUAGUGACUGAUAGUGAAACAGUGGUGAAUGUUGAUACAGAAUUGUGGAUGUAGAAGAUGGUGAUUAAAAGCCAAUGAUGUUUAUCUUUGUAUUUCGUUGAAACCUUCAAACCAAGAUCGACAGACACGCAUUCACUGAGGAUACCUAUUGGUUAUUGACAGCUAGAUAGAUAGAAGAUAAAUUAUGAUCGUAACAAGAUGAAAGACGCCCAGAACAAGACCGUAGUCAAGUUGCGGUCAUGAGCGGGUGAUUCCAGUCAUGAACGGCUGAUUUCGGUGCCAAACGAACUGCCCACAAGAAGAGAAGAGGAGGAGAAUGUCGUUAGUGGCGAUUAUACGUGUCCGCGUAUGUUGCUAUAGCACCACCGGGUAAAAAUAAAUAUAUGGCCAAUACAAAUUAUUGAGAAGCGCUGAUGUCAAUGGUACACAAAUCAAAUGGAAAUAUUAUUCAUGUGUGGAUGUAGCAUUGUGAGUGGCUCACAUUUGUAAUAAAUUGUGUCCGAAAGUCGAUUUUUGAGAUCAACAAACGUGUAGUGAAACAUACUUCCUGCUAAACCUGAACAUUUGUCCAUCUGAUUUUAGAUUUGUAAUACGUUGGUUCGUGUUAUGUGUGUAUAUAAAAUCUACAAACUCUCAUUACGAUCACAAUGCGUUUCUACUUAAAGAAACUAAUCUACAUUUUAAUUGUGUUUUAUGUUGUGUCGUUUAUGAUAUAUACUUAUAUCACAGCUGAUAGACAUACUUUCAUCACAGCUGCAGGGAAUAUUGUCAUCACAGCUGAACGAAAUAAUAAAUACCAAAAUUUUGUGGAUGUUCCAAAAAAUUCACCGACUAUUGAACAACGCCCAACAGCCGUAACUUUUACGGAGAGAAAAUCUGGACCAUGCAUGGAACUGUGGCGUCCUCAACAAGUGUUCGAUAAAGAAACCUGGCAAAAAGUAAACGGAGAUAUAAAGAAUUUUGUUUUCUCGGCUUUUUAUGAAAAUAUCACCGAGCCUAAAGUUCGGAUUAUUGGUCUAAAGGAGAGGAAAUCGAGUCAAGGAAUAUUUUGUCAGAUGUGGUUUAACGGGAAAACUGAAUUAGAGCUAGAAACAGUUUAUAUUAAGAAAAUCCCUGAAGAUCAUUCAAAGCGGUAUUCGGCUACAUUUUACAUCUGUCAAUGGAAACAGAAAGAACUCAUCCCUUAUGCUGUUUCCUUAGUAACGUCAUUAUGUGAAAAACCAACAAACUUUCUGUCAGUUCAACAUAAUUUGGAGCAAAAAUGGAAGUUCUCGCUGUGUUUAACGCCGCUUAACUUUAGAUAUAGUCGAGCAUACGAACUGGUGGAAAUGGUCGAAUUAAAUCGUUUAUUAGGCGUGGAGCAGUUUUUCUUCUAUAAUUACUCGACAGGUAGUAAUGUGGAUAAAGUUUUAGAUACCUACAUAAACGAGGGUGUUGUUAAGGUUAUCCAGUGGCAUCUUCCGAUCUUAGUCGAUAGGUGGCCACAGAACAAGAAAGAGGAAGUGCACUAUUUUGCCCAAUUAGCGAGUUUAAAUGACUGCCUAUAUAGAAAUCUGUACACCAGUAAAUAUGUUGUUUAUACUGACUUGGAUGAAUUUAUUAUUCCAAGAAACACCACAGACUUGCCCAGCUUGAUACGCAAAAUAGAUACUGAUUCACACAAAUAUGGUGCCUUUGUUUUUAGAAAUAUUUUCUUCCGAAAAGAAUGGCCAAAAUUGAAAGGUGAUUUCGAAGGUCGAGCUCAGGCUGAAAAAUAUAAAUCGGAGACAUUGUUAACUGUUAAAAGAGAACGGAAAGUAUGGCCCAUGUAUCAAAGAUCUAAAUAUAUCGUGAAACCGUCUGGGGUGGAAGUAGUUGGAAUUCAUACGGUCUGGACGUGGCGAAAUGGUUAUAAAGCCUAUAAAGUAAACGAAGACGACGCUAGACUACAUCACUACAGAAGUUGGGAAAAUCCAAUAGAACCAAAUUCUAGAAUAAUCGAUAUGAUUAUACGCGAUAAUUACAAAGAUAAUUUGUUAGAACGAUUAAAACAAAGAUGGAUGCAAUUACCGGACGUGCCAUUAAAUAUUCCAAUAUCCAAUUAUACACACCCUCUGCGAUAAUUGUUGCUCAAAUUUGAUUAGUUACGACUACUAUUAUAGGUUCAUCAGCUUGAGCUCCCCCUUAGUCCUCUGGGAUAAAAUAAUUUUCGGAUAUUUCUUUCUUCGUUCAAAAUUUUACCCGGUGCAAGAUAAAUUGCAAAUAUUUAGCCCUUGGUAUAACCUACAAGAGAUUGAAAUUUUAAAAACUUUGUGUGAUAGUUCUAUUGACCUGAUUUCAGGCGAAACGUGGUUCGAAUAAAUGUACAUUCACUCAUACUGAUACAUCUAGUCACACCCUUUGUUGUUUGUUGUUGUUUUAUAGGGUGAUAUCGCAAACUAAAGGUCACAUCCUCCCGGAACAGAACUAUUAUAUGACACUCUCUCGCGACAGAACUAUUUAUAUCUGGCCACGUCCUAUCACAACAGAACUAUUUAAAUCUGGCCAUGCUCUGUCGCAAAAUAUAGCAGUGGUUGAGAAUCACUGCUCUAUAGCAACAGAACUAUUUCUAUCCGGUUAUUUUAUUUUACUUCUCCCAACAGAACUAUUUAUAUCGGAUCACACCCCCUCGCAACAUAACUAUUUAUAAAGUCCCGAGGAUGUAGUAGGAACAAAAUAAGCAACACCCUUUUAAAGUUUCAGUGGUUAAACCAUUUGCCCAUUUGUUUUUAUGUGCACUUGUUCCUACUUGGGAAAUGUCCUCAAUUGUUAUACGCCCACUUUUUCAUGUGGACGUAUAUUGCCGUCGCCCACAAUUUGUUUGUGGACCCUCUAGAUUUCACAAUAAUAAUUUUUAUCCGAUUUUGACAGGAUAUAUAGGUUUAUCUCAACGAUCUCAGUUCCCUUCGAUAAUAGCGUAUUUCAUAAUAUAACUUUCUGGAUUAUGGCCACUGAUUGUUCUCUAUCCAUCUCUUGCAAAAUGUGGGCGUAUCUUGCCUGGCAGCCUCUGGUUUUUAAUUAUCCGUAAUUUGUAAAUGUUUUUGUUUUUUUGUGUUGUUCAUAUUGAUGCUAAUGUUUUGUUACUGUAUAUAUACUGAUAAAAAUAAAGUUAUAGGUUGAUUGUU